UCGCCUUCUCUUCCUCUACGUUCGUGGAGUGGCUGUGGAAUCGACAACCUUCUGCUGAUUUCUGUACCCGGUGGUGCUUAGAAUACUUAAUUUUCCGGUUUCUUUCAUCAAGAUCCGCCCAGCAUGGCCGGAGGGAGUGGAAACUCCACGGGUCCCGCCAACCAAGCGGGGGUAUUGGAGGGGAUGAAUCCUUCGCAUUACAAUCCUAACGAUCCUCUUACACUGUUCAUCAUUCAGGUCACCCUUAUUAUCGUCGUUUGCCGUCUUUUGCACUGGCCUCUCUCAAAGUUACGGCAGCCCCGUGUUAUUGCGGAAGUCGUCGGGGGCAUCAUUUUGGGUCCUACUGUCAUGGGCAGAAUCCCUGGCUUUAGGGAUGCCAUAUUUCCCAAGACCUCCAUGCCGUUGCUUUCUCUGGUUGCCAAUCUCGGACUUGUAAUCUUUUUGUUCCUUGUCGGACUGGAAGUGGACAUGCGAUUGCUGCUUGUGAACUGGAAGGUUGCAGUGAGUGUCAGUGCGGCGGGAAUGGUACUGCCCUUCGGAUUUGGCGCGGCCAUCGCUUACGGCCUUUACCAUCAAUUUAAGAAUGACAGUGAUGUCAACAACAAUAUAUCCUUCGCAGUCUACUUGCUUUUUAUUGGUGUUGCAAUGGCGAUCACAGCCUUUCCGGUGCUCGCUAGGAUUUUGACCGAGCUCGAGCUUCUGGGCACAUCCGUUGGAACCAUCGUCUUGUCAGCUGGUGUGGGUAAUGACGUUGUCGGGUGGAUCUUGCUUGCCCUGACGGUCGCAUUGGUCAAUGCGGGAACUGGGCUCACGGCGCUCUAUGUCCUACUAUUAUCGAUCGCCUGGAUUUUGUUCUUGGUUUACGCCGUCCGACCUGUCUUCAUAUGGUUCUUGCGCCGUGAUGGCUCCUUGGAGAACGGGCCGACCCAGUCUAUGGUGGCGCUCACAAUGCUAAUGGUUCUCGCAUCGGCAUUCUUCACUAACAUCAUUGGUGUACACGCGAUUUUUGGUGGAUUCCUGAUAGGAUUGAUUUGUCCUCACGAGGGCGGUUUCGCCGUUCGACUUACGGAAAAGAUUGAGGAUCUCGUGUCUGUCCUGUUCCUUCCCCUUUACUUCACUCUUUCCGGAUUGAGAACGGAUAUUGGAUUGCUCAACGGGGCCGUCGCGUGGGGCUAUGUCGUUGGCGUCCUUACUAUAGCUUUCUUGGCCAAGAUUACCGGUGGAACCGUGGCGGCAAGGCUCAACGGCCUGGUGUGGAGAGAGAGUUUGACGAUUGGUGUCCUUAUGAGUUGUAAGGGUUUGGUUGAAUUGAUCGUGCUGAACAUUGGUCUUCAAGCAGGGAUUUUAGGCGUAAGGGUGUUCACGAUAUUCGUGAUCAUGGCUUUGGUUACCACCUUUGCUACCACCCCAUUGGUAACGUAUUUGUACCCUCCGGACUACCAGAAGAAGAUGGAUGCCUGGAGAAAGGGCAAAGCCGACCGGGAUGGAAACCCAAUUCAAUUUGGCGACGAUGAUAGCUCCCAGGGAACUCUUGGAGGCCAGAAGGCGGUCGUUACCAGGUUUUCCAAGAUCACAGUGCUGCUUCGUCUUGAGAGCAUGCCGAGCAUUCUCACCUUUGUUAACUUGUUGGCUGGAGAACGAGUGCGACCUGCUCCCAAAGUUCACAAAUCAAAAGCAGCGAUUCCCGAGGAAGAUCCACUCUCGUCCCGCUCCGAUAUUAGCAAACGUCCUUUGGAGGUGCAUGGGGUCCGCCUCGUCGAACUCACUCAGCGUACAUCAACCGUCAUGCAAGUGUCCGAAGUCGACGAAUUGCAGGACAGGGAUCCGGUUGUCAAUGUCUUCCGUUCCUUCGGCAAGUUCUUGAACAUGGCCGUCUCUGCUGUAUUGUUCAUAACGCCCGAGGCUUCCUUCGCCGAGACCUUGGUCGGUAAGGCUGCUGAUCGCUCUUCCGACCUUCUCUUGAUUCCAUGGAGUGAGACCGGCGCCAUGAGCGACGCCCAGGACGCACAGUAUGCGAAUACCGAGAAUCGUUUUACUACUCAGCAGCAUAACCUGUUCAUCAAUAAAGCGCUUGAUACUGCUGCCUGUACCGCUGCUAUCAUGGUUAAUCGAGGGUUUGGAGGUCCUUUGAUGGAACGAACUCUUUCUCGUGCCAUCAGUCAAAUCAGUGUCCGGUCUCGCAAGAACGCUGACUCCGCUCCUCCUGUUCCUCCAGUUGCUGACCCUUCGCAUCAUAUCUUCUUCCCCUUCUUUGGCGGCCCGGAUGAUACCAUUGCCAUGAGAUUUGUCUUGCAACUGGCCACCAACACCAACGUUACGGCCACGAUUGUCCGUGUUGCCUACAAAGCCGGCGUCGUGGAAGAACCUUUGGACCUCCCCGCACCGGCUAACAUCCACCGCCCCGACCUCCCAAGAAGCCUCUCUAUGUCUAACGUGCCAACACUCUCCCGCGAGGAUACAGCCAAGGAUUCCACGACCCAAUCCCCAGCCACCGCCGGUGACCCUGCGGUCCCCGACGCCGUAGACGCUUUCUUCCAGUCAAUGGCCGACUCUGUCCCCGCCGCCAUUUCCCAGCGUGUCCUCUUCGAAACCGUCGAAACAGCCCAACCCAUCCACUAUGUCAUUUCCAGGGCGAAGGGGGAAGUUGGCCAAUCAAAGAAUGCUGGAGACUUGAUCAUUGUGGGGCGUUGCCAGCCCGACGUCCAGCCCGACAUCAGACGCGAGCUUGUCUCUGUCCUAGCCUCCUUAGGCGUCCCCUCCGGCGCGGGUAACGAGACGAGAAAGUGCCUCGGCGACAUGGCGGAAGCCAUUAUCGUCUCUGGAAUCAAGGCUUCCAUGAUUGUGCUUAAAGCUGGCGGGAAAGCUCUUGAGCCCAACGAUGGUUAGAAGGGUGGUGUUUUAUCUUUUUGGGUUUGGGUUACUAAGAUUUGUCUUUUUGCCUCCUUGCUUGUCCCGGGUCUGUUACGGCCUGAGCCAUAGUCUCUAGUUUUCUAUUUCUUGUACCUAUGGAUUUUUUUCUUCUUCUUCUAUUCUUGUCAGGGUUUUCAACUUUUUUUCUCAAACUGUUUUUGUGGAUGGGCGCGAGUAUCGUAUGAUGGUGAUGAUGCCCCAGUAAGUAUGAUACAGCGGUUGGGAAAAAAAGUCUUGGUGAUUGCCCCUUUUUCGCAGCGAAGACCGGCAGGGGCCUUACUUUUUCAAUUGUUGGAAUCCCAUCGAAACCUGGAUCUCCUUUUUCCCAACUUCCUGGUUUAAAGUCAUUUCGUAAUUAAUUUGAGGUAUAGUCUACCCAGUA